ACAAUAUACCUAAAUAAGCUCCAAACCCCCCACCAGUGCCGUCAUGUCCGCCGAACAUCCGCGGGUAGUGCUCCUAUUUUCCGGCAAACGCAAAUGUGGCAAAGACUUCCUAACCGAGCGACUCCUUCAAAGGCUCGGCGACGACAGGGCGCAGAUUAUUCACAUUUCGGAACCGAUCAAACGUAGCUGGGCGGAAAAGCUCGGACUGGAUCUGAAGGAACUGCUCAGUGAUGGACCUUACAAGGAACGCUACCGUAAGGAGAUGAUCGAAUGGAGCGAUCGGAAACGGAUCGAGGACUACGGGUUCUUCUGUCGGCAGGCUUGUUUGGCGGCCAAUAGGGAGAUUUGUGUGGUCAGUGACGUCCGAAGGAAGACGGAUGUGAUUUUUUUUAGGGAGAGCUAUGGGGAUCGGGUUAGGACCGUAAGGAUCGUGGCCGAAGAUCAGACUCGGAGGGAACGAGGGUGGAAGUUCCAGGAAGGAGUUGACGAUGUCCAAUCGGAGUGCGAUUUAGACGAUGUGACGGAGUGGGAUUUGCUAGUAAGCAACGAUAGUGGGGCGGAUGUUGAAGGGAUUCUGGGCAAAAUUGAAACUUUGAUCUGA